UCCGUUUUCCGCUUUUUUGUUUUUUUUUGUUUUGAGAAUAACCGAAACCGACCUAGAAAGCCUUUUAGGGAAUCAGUCUUUGUCUCAAUUUUACUCUCAUCGCCAAACCAUGAUAGGCAGGAAAAUCCCAGGCGCCGGAGACAGCAAAUCUGCUAAGGCUGAGGAGAGCGAGAGCGAGGAGAUCGAGGAUAUUUUUGAAGGACUCAAAAUAUGGGCAUCGAACACGAGGAGUGCAAAGAGAGCAAGAAGAGCACGACGCGGCCGGAGAUAUGCUAGCAAGGUCAAGUUCUGGAAAGUAAACGCACCUUCUAUAAUUCUACCCGUGGCAAUAAAACCAGAGACCUUCACUAUUCCUGGCAAAAAUGGUGCUGAUCCUGUUAAUAUCUCCUUUCUCGAUUGUUCAGUCCCAUAUAAGCCAAAGAUCCGCAGAGGGGGCAAUUCUUGGUAUUGAUAGAGAAUCCAUAAUCAGUGGUGGAACUACGUGAAGAGCUGCUUGGGCCGUAGCCCAACCUAAAAUUCUUGGGAUAUUUUAUAUAGUGCAACUAUAAUAAGAGUCUAACGUUGGUUCAGUUGGCAACUUGUGGAGUUGUCUAAGAUCCCACCUUGGUUCGAGUCCCCACAACCCCUUAUGUUGCUGCUUUCCCAUUUCCUUCUCUCUUUUUGGCAUUUCUUUUUGCCCUUUUGUUCCUUUUUUUUUUUGUCUUUUUCCCAUUUUCUUCUCCCAUUCUCUUUUGUUUUCUUACAACAUUUUCUAUUCCUAGUUUCUUAACAGUUUCUUCUCUUAAAGGCAAUCUAGCCUGUCAUUUUUUUUUUCUCUUUCCCCUUUUUGUUCUCCUUUUUUUUUUUCCUUUAGUUCCAGCAUUCUCCAUUAGUAUUUCUUAUAAACUUGAGUCCCAAAAUUCUUGGAAUCAUUGUCGACAAAAAAAAAAAAUCUUGUAAGCUCUUUAAAUUAGCCCACCCCUAAUUUUCGUCCUGGUUCCACCACUGUCCAUAAUAAGUAACACCUUCUCUCCCCCCACCUUUCGCCCACGGGAUUCCCUACUCCUCCCGUAUUUUGCUUACCUUUCUAACACUAGUUGUUUCCUUCCAACUUUGCAUCUGCAGCUUCUCCUUUGAGUUUGUUGCUCCGUUUGGUAUGCUUUUGAUUUUUGUUUCCUAUCAUGUUUUGAAGAAAUAAACUGUUGUCAAUUUCUGUUGGGGUGAUUAGAGGAUAGCCAGAGGCAUGAUGCAUACCAAACAUUGAAGAUGAUUUUUGGUGCGAAGGCAUAUUGGUGAUGCAUACCCAGCAUUGAAUAAUAUAGUUUUCAAAGAUAAUUUCUGCUCCAUUGGAGCCAUUAAACGAACUGCUGAGGGGAUCUUACAUCUUUAUUGUGUAUUCAACUUCUUUGGAGAUCUAGACCUGAUCUCCUUAUCACACUACUGAUAUUUGCUAUUAUUCAAUAGAUUCUUCAGUGUUUGUUUUUUUUUGGGGUCAUUUGACAUCA